AUGGUCAACGACGUGGCCUUCUCUGCAACUCUCCGGGAGACGAGCACUGGGCACAUUGGACCUUUCACCACUCCCAUUCCCCUGCAGUACAAGGUCUUCUCAAACACCGGCAGCUCCUACAACCCUGCCACAGGUAUCUUCACUGCCACAGUCAAAGGAAUGUACUACUUCCGUUUCAUGAUGAACAACCUGAACACCCCUCCUAAUUCUGUGGUGUGCUUGACAAAGAAUGGCCAGAGGCUGGUGUCUGUCUGGGACACUGUAGGAACCGAUGCCCGUGGCAGCGACGCAGUGGUCAUUCCUCUGGAGGUGGGAGAUAAUGUCUAUGUUGAGUUACAGGCUAACAGGCUGGUCUAUGACGACACCAUGUACUGCAGCGGCUUCCUGCUCUUCCCCAUGUAAACAUGGAACACAUUU